AUGGGGAGCUGGCUGUUCACGGUUCUUCUGACGGGAGUGGUUCUGCUCGGUACUGCGGAGUAUUUCAACCUGAUUGACGCCCGGGCCAAGCUGAACAACGUGGCCGUUCCUUCGCGGCUGUCGGUUUACAUUGGCUGCAUCGGCUGCGCCAUCAUGCCGCUCAUUGCCAUGGUGAAUGGUGGGCUUUUGACUCCGGGAGCGAAAUUCGCGGGCGGGCUGCUGCUGGCCAUGCUGCUGACUCAGCCCAAGCGGCCUCGCUGGAGCCAGUUCACAGGCUACAUCUGCGGCCUCUUCUACUGCGGCUUCCUUCCCAGCUUCUGGGUCACGUUGCGGUGUGGGCUGGCGACUACAGCCACAACGUCAUCCCCAGUGGCGCGGGUUUGGCCUGCCCUGCUGGGAGGGCCGGCCCUGUGGACGACGGGGCUGGUGGCCAUCUUCAUGGGCUUCGCGGGGGUCAUUGCUGCCGACACCGGGGCGUAUCUGGGCGGCAAGACCUUUGGCAAGACGCCUCUCAUUGAGCUGAGCCCCAAGAAGACGGUUGAAGGGGCGUUGUUCGGGCUGGCCUCUUCAGUCUCUGUGUCCGUCCUCCUCUCUCGUGCCUUCAGCUGGCCUGCCACACCUAUCAGUGCGGCGGUGCUCGGUGUGAUUGUCUUUGCUUCUUCCCUCUUUGGAGAUCUUUUCGAGUCGGCUCUCAAGCGCCAGGCUGGAGUCGCAGAGGCCAAUCAGGGAAGCCCACGUCACGAGAUUGAGAUCUCCGAUUCUGAGACGGAGCCGUUGACGGGCCCGCGAACCGCCGGCGACGCCAGCGACCGACCAUGCGACAGCAGGGAUCGUCCACCUCUCUCGCAAGCGCGGCGAGAAGUCAGGCGGCACGACUACGUUCCGGCUCACAGCAACAGAGACACCAGAACCACGAGGCUCGGCGAGAGGCUCGACGAGAGGUCCGGCGAGAGGUCCGGAGGGAGGUUCGGAGAGAGGUCCGGCGAGGAGGGCGGGUUGUUGGAGACGCUGGGGCAGGAGAUAGUGGCGAUCGUGACGCCCGUGUCCAUCUGCAUGCUGCUCGUCGUCGCUCUCGUGCUCGCGCUCACCCCGCACGGCGCCUCCGUCACCACACCUACCAUUGCGACGCUCGUGUAUCAGGAAGAGAGCACGGACGCGCCCUGGCAGCGGCUGUGGGGCGCACUGCUGAACGCGGCGGCGAUGGUGGCGCUGGUGACGGCAGCCACGUUCGUGCUGGUGGGGCUGUUCUACUGCGGCUGUGCGCGCUGCAUCUGGGGCUACAUGGGCUUCUCUGGCUUUGUCAUAUUUGCCGGACUGGGCGGCACACUCGCAGUGCAGCUCAUACAGCGCUUCUCCAUACCAAUAGACAUCAUCACCUUCUCUCUUCUCCUCUACAACCUCUCAGUGGUGGGCGUGCUCGCAGUCUUCUUCUGCCGAAUGCCCAUCUUCCUCACCCACUCCUACCUCGUCGCGGUCGGCGCCAUCGUCGCCUUCUGGUUCUCCAGCCUGCCUGAGUGGACCACGUGGAUGGUGCUCAUCGCCAUGUCACUCUACGACCUCUAUGCCGUCCUCACACCAGGUAUGUUCACCUCCCACCCACCCCAGACAAUCACCGCCUUCUGGUUCUCCAGCCUGCCUGAGUGGACCACGUGGAUGGUGCUCAUCGCCAUGUCACUCUACGACCUCUAUGCCGUCCUCACACCAGGUAUGUUCACCUCCCACCCACCCCAGACAAUCACCGCCUUCUGGUUCUCCAGCCUGCCAGAGUGGACCACGUGGAUGGUGCUCAUCGCCAUGUCACUCUACGACCUCUAUGCCGUCCUCACACCAGGUGCAAUCAAUCCCACCGCCUUCUGGUUCUCCAGCCUGCAAGAGUGGACCACGUGGAUGGUGCUCAUCGCCAUGUCUCUCUACGACUCUCUUCUCACAUCCCUCCUCUCCAUAGCCAUGGACCGAGACGAGGGGAUUUCAGCACUCAACAUCCUCGUGGGUCCUCUCAAGCUCCUUCUAGACAUAGCCAUGGAGCGAGACGAGGACAUCCCAGCACUCAUCUACGAAGCUUGUUCUAUCUCCUGCCGUCCCUCCCAUCCCCCCCAUUGUCCUACCGCAGUUGGCCCCCUCAAGCUCCUGUUAGACAUAGCCAUGGAGCGAGACGAGGACAUACCAGCACUCAUCUACGAGGCCCGGCCCCCACCCAUGCCCUUCGCCCCGCCCCCUCCUGCCCUCCGUCCUCCUCCCCGCCUUCUCACUCCCACUCGCCCGCUCCCCUCCGGUCACGUGCUCCCCUCCGGUCCCUCUCUCCCACUCCCCCCUCACUCUCAUUCCACCAUGCCAACUCGCCUCGGCCAUCCCCCACUCUCCUCCUCCUCCACCUCCUCCUCCUCGUCCUCUUUCCCGCCCUCUCUAUCUCCCUCCACCGCAUCCAACCCCUCUCCAUCCGGCACCACAUUUCGGCCGACAAACAGCACAGCUGGUAGCACUCUCGUCCCUAACACAGCCCUGGGGCAGGCGGAUGGGGGAGGGGGAAGUGGGGGGGAUGGGAUGACUGGUGGUGCGGUGGGGAGCGGUGCUGGUGGGUCAAGGAGAACGCGUGUGCGAGGCCAAUUCGAGCGGCGGUUGCAGCAGCAGGGGAGCGUUGCUGGUGGUACGAUCGGUGCUGCUAGUGGUGCUGCUAGUGGUGCUGCUAGUGCUGGUGGCAGUGGUGCCGGAAGGACCUUUGCUGGACAGCUGAGUGCCUUUGUUGCUUCUGCUGCCGCCGCCGCUGCCACUUCUGCUCUGCGCCUCACUGGAGCUCAGAGAGAGGAGAGGCUGGGAGGGGAGGGAGCAGAGGGGAGGAGGGCGAGGGGGGUAGAAGGCGAGGGUGAGAGAGAGGAGGGAGAGAGUGAAGUUGCUGAAGGUAGCAGUCGGCCGCAUAGCUUGCUUGGGUCUGGUGGGUGGGGGGGUAGUGGGGAUCGUGAGAGCAGUGGAGGGUGGUCGGCUGACUUGUCUUCGGUUCACGUGGAGGAUCCAGAACAAGGUGGUGGUGGUGCUGGUGGUGGUGGUGCUGGUGGUGCCUCUGCUGGUGCUGGUGCUUCUUCUGCUGGCGCUGAAGCGGGCGCUGCCUGCACUGCCCAUCUCGAUUGGGUUGGGAGUGGUUUUCUACUUUCUGACACGUCUGCUGCUUGA